AUGCCUACUUCCAACAACUCCCUCGAAUUUGUUAUGAACAAGCACUGUGAAAUGGUCAGUCACAGCGGUUCUGCAGACCAAACCCAGUUUUCUGGAAUUGCUUUCAACCGAGAGAUUGUUGACGAAAUGCAUGGAGAAGUUGCACUCCAAUCUGUGACAGAUGUCUUUGUCAACCAUGCCGAUAUGGAAUGGACCCGUACCUCUGCCGGAAACCCAGCAGUCACAAACCUCCUCAGUCUCAAAAGUUUUUUGCCAACUGAAGUCAACGAGGCCACCACCAAAACCAUUGUUGCACAGAAGCCGAAGACGAAUCUGCCAGAGAAGGUCGACCCUGAUUCUGUUCCCACUGCAGAAAGCAUAGGUCGAGGUUCGUACCAAAAGUACAACCAAAACCAGGUGAACAAGCUCUUCUCCUUGGUUUUCUCGGAAAACCAGACUGCUGCUGCCACUGCCAGGGAAACGGAGAUCAAUGUCUGGACUGCCCAGAACUAUGUCAGGCUGGCCAGAGAGAAGAUCCAGGCCGAUUUUGAUGCUGCCACAGUGGAGACUGAUGAGUCCAAUGGGCUGGAGACGAUGGAGGUUGAGGAGUUUUUCGAAAAUAAACCAGAUGCUACCUUGGAACAAGCAAGGAUAGCUGUCAUGGAAGAGUUCUCUGGGCUGCAGAUUACCAAAUCAGCAAUCCAGAAGCACUUGGUGAAGAAGUGUGCCCUGACGAUGAAGAAGUUGGAGAAGCUGCCUGAGAAGAGAGACGACGUCAGCACAAUUGAGAUGAGAUGA